AUGGUUUCUUUAAAGACGUCUACAGUUUCUUCUAAUAUUAGUACUAUUAGUGAGCGAGAACUAAAUUCUAAACUCACAGAAAUAUUCACUAAAAUUGGGCAACUUGGAAAUGCACAACAGGGUAUCCAAGAACUUUAUGACUUGUUAAUGGAAUAUCCAGAAUGUGACGUCAAAGUUAAUGCAUUUUUAGCUACCGCUGGUACAUUCUUUCAAAAAUAUAUUCGUAAGGCAUUAGCUGACCUUACUACGCAAGAAAUGCAGAAAUGUGGAAUGUUGCCUAAAGAACCUUCCGUUCCUGUAAAUUCUAUAUCUACAACGAAAGAUUCUUCUGUUCAAAAACGACCAACAACUCCUAAAAAUAAUAAACCUCCUCAUAAAUUUUCUACAAACCGUUGUGCUAAUAGUCAUGCAUUAAAUAUUGGUUCAGCAAAAGAUUUUUCCAUUAAAAAUGAUUUUCAUGAAAUGAAAGUCAAUGUUCCUGUUCCUGCGACCCCAAAGACAACUUUCAUAGAUAAAGUAUCUCAGGAAACUUUUGACCAAACCCGAUUACGUCUUCAUGCCAUAUUUCAAUAUGAAAAAUAUAAGACUGGUCAAAAACGAUCAAGUCUACCGAAUUUAAGACAAAUAGAAAGUGAUAGCGAACGAUUAGAAUAUGUUAAAAGUAUUAUACGAUCUCGACCAAAAGCUCGUCGUUCUACUUGGGAUAUUAACACUCCAUUUAGACUUACUGACGUAUCUAUUCGUGCUAAUUAA